CGGUGGGGGCGCGAAUGAGCGACGGCGGAAACCGCGGGCCUGUGUACGGCGGCCUCAGCGGCCAGCAGGGAGGCACACUGUUUGAAGCUGACUUCUUGCUGAAUGGGAUCAAGGCCAAAGUCAUUCUGUAUAGCCAGCAGCAUCUGGCUGCCCCUCUGGUCGUGCUGAAACUGCAUCCUGAUGGAAAGUUCUUGCCCGUGGUCAUCCAGCUCCAACAUAGGAUCCCAGCCACCUCUGCUUCUCUUGCCCAUGGAUCCUGCAAUGGUCUGGCUUCUGGUCAAACGCUGGGCCCAUAGCUCUGACUUCCAGCUCCAUGAGCUGCAGUCUCAUCUUCUGAGGGGACACUUGAUGGCUGAGGUCAUUGCUGUGGCCACCAUGAGGUGCCUUCCAUCCAUACAUCCUGUCUUCAAGGGACUGUUGACAUUCAGAGAUGUAGCCAUAGAAUUCUCUUUGGAGGAGUGGCAAUGCCUGAAUCAUGCUCAGCAGAAUUUAUAUAGAGAUGUGAUGUUUGAGAACUACAGAAACCUGGUCUCCCUGGGUAUUGUUGUCUCUAAACCAGAAUUGAUCACCUGUCUGGAGGAAAACAAAGUGCCCUGUAAUAUAAAGAGAAAUGAGAUGGUAGCCAAACACCCAGUUACAUAUUCUUAUCUUACCCAAGACCUUCAGCCAGAGAAGGGCAUAAAAGAUUCACUCCAAAAAGUAAUACCAGUAAGAUGUGGAAAAAGUAAUACCAAGAAGAUAUGUGGACAUGAGAAUUUUCAGUUUAAAAAAUGCUGUGAAAGUGUAGGUGAGUGUGAGGUGCACCAAGGAGGUUACAACGAAGUUAAACAAUGUUUUUCAGCUACCCGAAACAAAAUAUUUCAGACUUAUAAAUGUGUCAGAGUCUUUGGUAAAUUUUCAAAUUCCAACAGACAUGAGACAGGACAUACUGGAAAGAAACAUUUCAAAUGUAAAAAGUAUGGCAAAUCAUUUUGCAUGCUUUCACACCUCAAUCAACUUCAGAUAAUUCAUACUAGGGAGAAUGCCUACAAAUGUGAAGAAUGUGGCAGAUCCUUUAACUGCUCCUCAGCCCUUACUAAACAUAAAAGAAUUCAUACUGGAGAGAAACCCUACAGAUGUGAGGAAUGUGGCAAAGCUUUUAGCUGGUCCUCAACCCUCACUAAACAUAAAAGAAUUCAUACUGGAGAGAAACCCUACAGAUGUGAAGAAUGUGGCAACGCCUUUAGCCGCUCCUCAACCCUUGCUAACCACAAGAGAAUUCAUACUGGAGAGAAACCCUACAGAUGUGAAGAAUGUGGCAAAGCCUUUAGCUUAUCCUCAACCCUCACUUACCACAAAAGAAUUCAUACUGGAGAGAAACCCUACACAUGUGAAGAAUGUGGCAAAGCCUUUAACUCCUCCUCAACCCUUAAGAAACAUAAGAGAAUUCAUACUGGAGAGAAACCUUACAAAUGUAACGAAUGUGGGAAAGCCUUUACCUUCUACUCAACUCUCGAUACUCAUAAGAGGAUUCAUACUGAAGAGAAACCUUACAAAUGUAAAGAAUGUGACAAAGCUUUUAAGUGGUCCUCAGGUCUUGCUAAUCACAAGAAAAUUCAUACUGGAGAGAAACCCUACAAAUGUGAAUGAUGUGGCAAAGUCCAGCUCUCAGGCCUUAUAAUACAUAAAAUAAUUUAUGCUGGGAAAAAUCAUUACAAGUGUGGAGAAUGUGGGCAAGCCUUUAACCAUUUCCAAACCUUUAUUGUACAUAAGAUAAUUCAGAUUGGACAAAAAUCAUAAAUAAAAAAGUAACACAGCCUUUAAAACCAGCCCUCAAACCUUAAUGAAUCUAAGAAAUUUAUUUUAAAAAAUUUUGUUUUGAGAUGGAGUCUCACUUUGUCACCCAGGCUGGAGAGCAGUGGCACAAUCUCAGCUAACUGCAACUUCUGUCUC